AUGAUGGCCCACCCAGACAGCGCCGCUCCAGCCAGGGAGGCGCGGGUGGCGGACGGCAUGGCGGUGGAGCAGCACCAGGAGCGGGCGUUCGUGAUGAGACACGGCCACCUGUCGCUGCGCCGGAACCUCUUGACCAAGUCGAGCACCAAAAAGCGCUUCGACUCCGGCGAGUGGGCGAUGGAGCGGGCGGGGCUGUCGUGCACGGAGACCGUGCCCGCCGACGUGCCCGUCGAGCAGCUGUCGCCCAAGCUGGGCCCGGAGGGCGGGCCGCUGGAGCGGCGGCCGUCGCGCCUGGAAUACAUGAUCCCCGAGAUGGAGAGCCCCAGGGUCGGCGACGCAGACAAGGAGAGUGGGGACAGCGCGGAGCAUUGA